AUGGAGGCCGUGGACACUUCAGAGCAAGACGUACAGAUAACGUCAGCCAUUUUGAAAAAAUAUAAUGGUAUAAAAAUUACGGGUUCAUGUAAGGCACACUUUAGAGUGUUUCUCUCACCACAUCUAUGGCUUUAUGUGGAAGCGGCUGAAAACAAAAUACAGCUGAAGCCGAACUUUGGGCAGAUAAGCUCAAUAGACGUAGGGAACCUGAUGAACGAUUGCAAAAAUGGAUCCAACAACAACUUCAAAUUCGUCGUAUAUACCGAUGAUAAUAUGCUGACGCUCAAGUGGCAGGUGGUUGGGGAAGGGGCAGCUCCAGGCAACAAGGAAGAUGUGAAAAAGUACAAACUGCCUGCCCUGGACAGGCCGUUCACUUCCGUGCAGGUGCAUUCGGCCAACACCAAGUCCAAAAUAAUUGAGAGCAAAUUUUACGAUAUCGGCAGCAGCAUGCCAGCCCAAUGCAGUGCGAUAGCCACGAAUUGCUUCCUCACGGGAAGUCUGGACAUCGAACACUGCUACCACUGCACCCUGUUGGAGAAGAAAAUGGCCGAAGACAAUGAGUGCUUCGAGUACGUCUCGAAGGAAGCAAAGGAGUUAAUCAAAAAAGAUACAACAAUUAAAGCUCAAGAGGAAGAUGUGAACUCCACGGAACACAAACUAAUCGAGUCCAUAGAUGUAAUACUAAAGGCAAUGUACAAGUCAGACAAGGAUUACAAAAAAAAGGAAAUCAUCACGAUGGAGCAGGUUGAUGAAAAUUUGAAGAAGGAAUUAGCUAGCUACUGUCAACUGCUGAAAGAGGUGGAUACAAGUGGUACCCUGAAGAAUCACAAAUUAGCAAACGAAGUAGAAACGUAUAAGAAUUUGACCAGACUGUUACAAAUGCAUAAAGGAGAAAAUAUAGUAACACUUCAGGACAAAUUAAGAAAUCCAGCAAUAUGUAUGAAGGAUAUUGAUAAAUGGAUUAUUAAUAAGAGAGGGUUAACUCUACCUGAUGGUAUCCCUCACAGUGAAGAAAACACAAAGGAGUACCUACAUGAAGAACUCCUCAAAGACAUAGAAGAAGAAAAAAAUGUGUUUGAUGAUGAGGCAUUCGAAAAAGAUAAAAAUGGAGUCAUAGAUUUAAAUAAGCUUCCCAGCGAAAUGAAAUUUAAAUCUCCUUAUUUUAAAAAAAGUAAAUAUUGUAACGAUUAUUACUGUGACAGAUGGAAGGAUAAAACGAGUUGUAUUUCAAAUAUUGAGGUGGAGGAACAAGGGGAUUGUGGAUUGUGCUGGAUCUUUGCCUCAAAAUUGCACUUAGAAACGAUCAGGUGCAUGAGAGGGUACGGACACUUCCGAAGCUCCGCUCUUUUUGUGGCCAACUGCUCGAAGAGAGAUCCAGAAGAAAUAUGCACCGUGGGUUCUAAUCCAAUAGAAUUCCUUCAAAUAGUUAACGAUACAGGAUUUUUACCACUGGAGUCGGAUCUCCCAUACAGCUACAAAGACGCGGCAAACAGCUGCCCCAGUAACAGGAAUAAGUGGACCAACCUAUGGGGGCAUACCAAGCUCUUGUAUCACAAGAGACCCAGAGAAUUCAUGCAAUCACUUGGAUAUGUGGCCUACGAAAGCGGGAACUUUGAUGGCAAAAUGGAUCUCUUCGUUGAUAUCCUCAAGAAAGAGAUCCAAAACAAAGGAUCCGUCAUUAUCUAUAUAAAAACAGAAGACACUAUCGAUUACGAUUUUAAUGGAAAAACUGUGCACUUAAUAUGUGGAAAACUUGAUGCAGAUCAUGCUGCUAACCUUAUUGGAUACGGUGAUUACAUCACUCCUUAUGGUGAGAAGAGGUCCUACUGGUUAAUCAGAAACAGCUGGGGAUACUACUGGGGCGAUGAAGGUAAUUUUAAGGUCGACAUGUAUAGUCACCAAUACUGCAGACGGAACUUCAUACACACGGCAGUUGUGUUUAAGAUCGAUUUGGGCAUGGUGGAAGUUCCAAAGAAGGAAGACCCGCCCUUCUACAGUUAUUUCGCCAAGUACCUCCCGAACUUCUUAUACAACCUCUUCUAUGAUAAUUACGACAAAGGGGCUGAAGUGUACGCUCUUUCUGAAAGCGGUAAUGCGGGAGAAGCAACAGGGGGAAAUGCUGUAGUGGAUGGUCAGGCGGCAGUAAAGGGACAGACAGAAACGCCAACCUCGACGGACGCUAAAAAUGGGGAUAAACCCGGAGCAAAGGGUAGCGAAGCAAAUGUGUCUGUCGCUGGCAAGGCAGGAAUUGUAGCCCCUGUAGGGUCACAAACGAGUGCAAGUGCCUCCCCCACAAACGUGACGCCGCUGAACGUAAAGGUUGGGGAGAGCCAGGUCGUAGAGGAUGCAGUGCUCCUCAAUCCCGUGGAAAACUCGGGCGAGAACAAAAUUCCAAUUACUCACAUUUUAAAAUAUGUAAAGGGGAACAAAGUGACCAAGACCUUCGUGAAGUACGACAGUUUGAGCGAAAUAGAAGGAGCGCACAGCUGCUCCAGGAGCUAUGCAAAGGCCGGAAAGGGACAAGAGGAGUGCACACAAUUCUGCCUCCAGAACUGGGCCUCCUGCAAAGGGCACUACUACCCUGGUUAUUGCUUAACGAAGAUGUACACGGGCACUAACUGCAUUUUUUGCAGCGUGUAG